CCGGGGACAGCGCGGCUCCUCGCUGGGAGGCUGCAGUUCACCCCUCCAACCUCGCUUACACUUCUUCAAUACUCCUCGCUUUGCCUCUGGCAUUUGGGGGAGCUCUUCAAUCCCUUAACAGGAGCACGGCGGCUGACGCGCUGAGACCUCUGAGGAGGCGUGGCUCCGCACCGGAAGAACCUCCGGUUGCCCGGGGAACGCCACGCACCACGGCGCCUGACCCGCCACUGAUGCUUGGGCUGAGCCGGGGGCUACCCGUUCACCCAACUUGCGGAGGCGGCUUUGCUCAGGCCCAGGGAUCCUUUCUAUGGAGGCCUAGAGAGGAAGACUGAGGGACGCCCGCACCAGAUUCCCAUCGCAGAGACGGAUACGAGCGAGUGCGUCCAUUCCUGUUCUUCAGCAGCUCCCGGGCCCGCAGGACUAACCUCGAAGACCAGCUGGUUUGUAAAUACUUGACUCACAUUAUGGGAUUGCUAGACAGACUUUCAGGCUUGCUUGGCCUGAGGAAGAAGGAGGUUCAUGUUUUGUGCCUUGGGCUGGAUAAUAGUGGCAAAACAACAAUCAUUAAUAAACUUAAACCUUCAAACGCUCAAUCUCAAGAUAUAGUUCCAACGAUAGGAUUCAGCAUAGAGAAAUUCAAAUCAUCCAGUUUGUCUUUUACAGUGUUUGACAUGUCAGGUCAAGGAAGAUACAGAAAUCUCUGGGAACACUAUUAUAAAGAAGGACAAGCCAUUAUUUUUGUCAUUGAUAGUAGUGAUAGAUUAAGAAUGGUUGUGGCCAAAGAAGAACUUGAUACUCUUCUGAAUCAUCCAGAUAUUAAGCACCGCCGAAUACCAAUCUUAUUCUUUGCAAACAAAAUGGAUCUUAGAGAUGCAGUGACAUCUGUAAAAGUGUCUCAAUUGCUGUGUUUAGAGAACAUCAAAGAUAAACCAUGGCAUAUUUGUGCUAGUGAUGCCAUAAAAGGAGAAGGAUUGCAAGAAGGUGUAGACUGGCUUCAAGGUUAUAUUGUCUACUAGACACAGGAAUGGAUUGAAGCACAGUGACCCAUCGAGAGCAACAAAAUGUGAAUGUGAAUGAAACCAAGUUCUAUAGGUCCUUCUUAUUACAGGACCCUUGAAGGUCAGGCCAAAAAAUUCCCGUUUUUGAGCAAGACAAUUGAGGAUGAUUUCUAUUAGGAAUCUCCCUGCCCUGAACAAGGGUGAAUAACAAGAGAUUAUAAAUUCUAGCUGUAGUCUUGUGGCUAUAAAUUUAAUUUCUUCUACACAACCCUUUUAAUUCCAGUUAUUUCUGGGUUUUUUUCUCUUCUGUAUGUCAUAGUGGAUCUAAGAGUAGCCUGCUUGUCCAUACAUAAAGACACAUAGUAUUUCUUUGGUUCAAAGUACUAAAUGUACAUCUGAUAAAUAUUUCUGUGUGUUAUUAGUAAGAUGUGGUGUUUUAGUUAACUGCACAGUCCAUUGUAUUUUUUUCCCUUUUGUGUUGUCAUCAUGACAUUUACCAUUAAACUGCAAAGAACCUUCUAGUUAUAUUUUACAAUUAAGUGAAACUUAACUGAGAACCUCUAGUAGUUCUCAGAAGAGCUAGUGGGAUUUUUCUGUGAACACACCAACUUCAUUUCCUAGACUGUGCAAAGAAGUGGUCAGAGUGACCACUCUGGGACUGAUUCCCACAUAAAACAGAUAGGUUACAGAGGAACAUUACAGAGAAGACACUAGAAGCAUAUUUUCAGCCUUUAUUUCUUAUUUUACAAGUGCUUAUUAUUGUUCACAGUGGAGAUAUAGCAUGGAUGGAAACCCCACAAUUGCUCAUAAUAUAGUAAUUCAAAGCACAGUACUUACUGAAAAUAGGUUGAAUGGUCAUCUGGAUUUUAAAUUGUAGAUCUCUCUCUCUCUCUGUUUUUUUUUUGGCGGCGUGGGUGGGGGCGGUUAUUUUGUCUGUAACAAUGAGGCCACUAGGUGUCAGUAACGACCCAACAUCACAGUGCCACUUGGCCAACUCUGGUCUUACCUAAUUUUUGUGUCUUUGACUUUUCUGAUCCAUUAUCUUUGCAUCUUACCUCCCAAGUCUUUGUAAGAAGGAUACUUUAUGGGAAAAAUUUUUGUGCCCUUGUGUUACCAUAUUAUUUUAUGUAACCUUUACAACAAUUCUCUGCAAAGUAAGUAGUAGUAUCCCCAUUUUAUGUGGGCAGCGUGGAAUAGUAGUAAAAAGCACUUGGGCUUUCAAAUCUAGCAGAUAUAUUCUACUACUUAUUAAUUAUUAACUAAUGUCUCUAUCUUAUAAAAAUAAUUUUCUUCAUCUGUAAAAUUAAAAAAUAAAAUUUCAAAAAUUGCCAUACAGAUUAAAUGAAAUACUGUAUGUGUUAAAGUGCCUACCAUAAGAAAGCACUCAAAAAAUGUUAAAUUUACCCUUUUACCUAACUUCUGUAUUUAGUAGAGGAGGAAACUUAGUAUGUAGGUUUAAAAGUAUAUCAGUUUGGUUUUGAGUAGGAGAUCCUUUGUUCAUAAUUUCUGUGUAACAGUAAAUAGUUUACAUUUUUGUUGCUCCUAACUGUCUCUCUGGAUUUGAAAAGAGGGGGAAACCUAUAUUGCAAAAUAGGUAGCAGUAAAUAUAGUAGACUAGUCUGUGCCUAAAACUGUUAACUUAUUAGCCAAAAGUUUUUCUGUAAAUCUGUGAAAGAUGUUCUGAACUUAUAUCUCUUCAUUUUCCUUGCAAAAUUCUGAAAUUUCCUAGCAUGAUAAACCAGAAGGCCUCUGGUUCAUUUUGGACCAAUUUAAUCUUAUUAUUUUAAGUUUAAGUUUGAAAAAUUGGGGGUAAAACAUUAAAUGACACAUUUUGUGCCAUGAUUCCACUCUCUUUUGGAAGGAUUCUCAAUAAUUACCUAUGCAUUACAGCCCAAAGACAAGAACCCAUGAGUAGACUAUGAAAUAUUUUUUAAAACCACCAGAGAAUAUACAGAAACCAUUGCAGAGGUAAAGAGAGAUAUUUAUAAAAAGAAAUCCUCUCAUGUGACUAAUAAAACUUAUUCAUUGUAUCACUUUAUCUGUAUGUGAAAAGUUAAUAAUGCUUCCAGGUUUUUUUUUUAGAAGUUUAUUUAUUUAUUUAUUUAUUUAUUUAUUAUUUAUAUUUGGCUGUGUUGGGUCUUCGUUUCUGUGCGAGGGCUUUCUCUAGUUGCGGCAAGCGGGGGCCACUCUUAAUCGCGGUGCGCGGGCCUCCCACUGUCGCAGCCUCUCUUGUUGCGGAGCACAAGCUCCAGACGUGCAGACUCAGUAGUUGUGGCUCACGGGCCCAGCCUCUCCACAGCAUGUGGGAUCUUCCCAGACCAGGGCUCGAACCCGUGUCCCCUGCAUUGGCAGGCAGACCCCCAACCACUGCGCCACCAGGGAAGCCCGCUUCCAGGUUUUAAUAUAAGAAUUUUAUAAACUAUGCAUAUGAGUAUUCCAAUGAAAGACCGAGGAUUGAACACACACUUAGUUUCAUCCCCUCUUCAGAUCUCACUAACGGUAAAGAGACUUUUGUUUAAAGCCAUUUAACCCAAAAAGAAUGGGAGCGACAAAAAAUGGCAACCAAAUUUUGGAAGCCAAAUAUCUGAUGAAUGUUGAAUAACUUAACAGACCUGAGAAAGCGGAAUUCUAAGCUAGCGCUGGAGAAAGCUGGAAAGCAAUCCUAGUUUACAUUGCAUAUCCCCUCAAAGGCUCAGAAAUAGAAGGAAAUUGGAAAUAAGGAUGAGGUGAGACGGAAAGGAGAAGACAGUUAUACAUCCUUGCCCCAAAAGCAGAUUGAAGUUUCAUUCUUUGCAGAGAGGCAAAUAGUAUCCCUGGACUGGAGAACACCAAGCACAACUGUAUGUUGGCAUGCUGAACUGAAAAUGAGGAGCAACGGAAAGUUUCAUACUGAAGGUUAUAACCGUCUUCUGCCUUCUCCUAUUUCUCCUAGAAGACACUGGCAAUAGGUAGGAGACAGCAAGUCAACUUUGAGGAGUCAGACCAGACUAAGAGAAAAGACCUAAAGGUAUUAACAUCAGAAAUUCUCAAGGAAAUGGCUUAGCUAGAUACACUAGACUGAAGAUCACUUUUGACAAGCCUCACACAUGUAACAAAAUUCCAAUCAGCUUUAUCGUGUUCACUCAUACAUAUGAGAAGAUAGCAAAAGAUCACCAAGUAUUUGAAGAUCAAAACAUUAGAAUUAUGGAAUGUAAACAAAAAAAGCAGAUUAGAAGAAGACUAUUUAGGGAGAACAUUUCAAAAAACUAUUAGAGUAGCUUCAAAGAGAUAAGAGAGAAUGUAUUACUUUCAUGAAUAUGACAAGAAUACUACUUGAAAAAGAACAAAGAACCAAAAAAAUGAGUUCUUGGAAAAUAAUAAUAGAAUAGUAGAAAUGGAAAACUCAAUAAAAAGAAGAUAAAAAAGAGACAAUCUCUCAGAAGUUGCAAAAAAGACAAAGAAUGGAAAGAAAAGAUAAAGUAAGGAGUCAUUUUAGGAGGCUCAAUAACCUAAUAAGAAGUUCUAAAAGAGAGAACAGAGAAAAUAGAGGGGAGAAAGUCAUCAAAUAAAUCAUCAAACAGUAUUUUCCAGAACCAAAUGAUGAGUUUUUAGUUGCAAGGCCCCUUGAGAGCCCAAUGCAGUGGAUGAAAAUAUUCCCACACCAAGGUGGACCAUUAUUAAAAUCAACACUGGAAGACAGUGGAAGAUUCUACAAGUUUCCUGAGAAGAAAAUAAGAGGUUUCAUCUAGAGGAUAAGGAAACAAAGUAGCAACAGACUUCUCACCAGCAACACUUGGAAGCAAUGCCUGGAAGAAUCUAAGGAGAAAAUAAUAUUCGCCAGCAGUAUCAGUGUAUUAUAACUGUAUAAUACAUCUUCAGCCAUGUAAAGUCUCAAGAGUUCACUUUCUAUACCAUUUACUAAGGUAGCCACUGACGUGUACUGAUCAAAAACAAAAGAAUAAACCGACAAGAAAAAAUAAGGGAAAUAGGAAAAUCUGCACAAGAGAGUUGGGAAGGAAUCCCUAGGAUGAUAGUGGAGAUCCUAGAGUGAUAAUGAAAGAUCUCAUAUUAAAAUAACUGGGCAAACAUGGAGAACAACUGGUUCAGAUUAAAUAGUUUUGCACAAGACUAAGGGAGAGUUCUUCAAGAAAGUGCAAUUGAUUGACUGUGUAUUAUGCUUCAUAAUAGUAAACGUUGAAACAGGGUGAGGGUAGUGGGAUUGAAUUAAUGUUAAGUACAUUUUUUAAAAAAAGCUAAGGCAGGGUUGGGGAUGAAGAACAAUUAAUAACUGCAGGGAAAACAAAAUGUAGUAGAAGAGAGGAAAAGUAACUGGGGUAUAUCACUCGUUUCAGCUGUGAACAGCAUUCACCUAGUCAUCCUAUUGAUGACUACAUUACUGUGUUAGGAAAAUGGGAGUAUUGGUCACAUGAUGAGCGUGGCAGAAGAACGGUGUACGAGCGUGUGAGAACCGAAGCCCCUUAUUACAUUGAAGGAACUGAUAUUUCAAGAAGUAAUAAUAAAAGCAUAUUAUUUAGAGGUACACAGGUAAUCACCUAAAAGGGAGUUGAAAGUAGUUGCCUGUGAAAGGAGAAAGGGGAUGAGGCAAGGGACUGCUUUUUUUAAUACAAGCCUUGUAGAACUAGUUGAUUUUAAUUAGGUGCAUGUACAACGACAGAAAUAAAAACUAUAGUGUGAAUUGUGCUUUUAAAAAGAAAAAAGUGUACACAUAGGUUUCUACCAUGUUCUUAUAGAUAUGUCUUGGAUUAAUUUAGAGAAUGGGUUUUGCCCUGUAGAGACUGAUAAUUUUUUAUUUGGUU